CAGCAAUCAGCAAGCGGGGUGCAAACCCUGAAAUCUUGUCUGAUAUAAUGCCAGGUUACUCUGGGCAAUAAUAAUAAUAAUAAAAACCCCAAGAAUAACAGGUUAGAAUCGCAGCGUCGGUCACUUAAUUGACAAUUUUUCGGCGAUCCGAUUCUCCCUUCUCCCCUAGAGUCUAAACUUGCAUUCGGCCACAAGAAAACCCGCGCCAGAGAAGAAAACACAAAACGUCAUUCAUGGCGGGACUGAUGACGACCCAGCGGGGUCUUUUGCUCUCGCUGCUCGUCCUCGGUCUGGCCGUCUAUUACCGGCAGCGAUGGCAGACGGCAGAAUUUACGGCAUCCUCCGGAGGAGCAGAGACAAAGACUUACUGCUACAGCGGGGGCGUCAGGACGGGGCUCGAACACCCUGCGAGGGCCGAGUGCUUCUCCGUUGGCGACGGUCGGGUCACGGAGCUGUACGCCGACGCCGCCGGGGUCCCCGGCGCCGAGAUGCGGCCAGGACAUGCUAUGCCGGGCCUGUGGGAUGGCCACGGGCACCUGCUGCAGUACGGCGAGUUCCUGCACUCGGUAGACCUCUUUGGAGCCGCGUCCUUUGACGAGGUCAACCGCAGGAUUGUGAACUACCUCGAGGCAAACCCGGGGGUCGGCUCACGGGACUUGUGGAUCAGGGGAGUUGGGUGGGAUCAGAUGGCUCUGGGGGGCAUGCCUAGUGCUGACAUGCUGGCCCGGGAAGAGCGGCUCAAGGGCCUCUACAUCAUGGUAGACCGGGUAGACGUCCACUGCACAUGGGUGUCUCAGUCGGUGCUCGACCUGAUGCCCGCCGACCUCCCGCACGAGGUGCCCGGCGGCGAGAUUAUCCGCGACCCCGGCAUGGGCGUUUUUUGCGACAACGCUAUGGACAUCGUCACGGCGCUGUGGCCACACCCGGACCGCCGGACGAAGCAGGAGUUUGUGCGGUCGGCCAUGAAGGCCCUUCAUAAGGUGGGGCUGGUGGGCAUGCACGACGCCGGGGCGACGCCGACGGACCUGGCCAUGAUGCAAGCCAUGGCCGCAGCGGGCUCGGACGGCGGCUUUACGCUGCGGGUGUACGCAAUGCUCGAGUGCGAGGAGCGCAACACGGUCUGCCUGGCCAAGGCGGCCGCCGUCAGGCAGGAGGACGACGACAUGCUUACGAUACGCAGCGUCAAGCUGUUUGGCGAUGGAGCGCUGGGCAGCUGGGGCUCUGCCAUGUUAGAGCCCUACAGCGACCGGCUGGACGACGGGGCGUCGGGGUCACUGCUCGUCAACGCCUCUACGUUGACGCGGGUCGCGCGCGAGUGGGCGGCCGGAGGCUGGCAGGUCAACAUUCACGCGAUAGGAGACCUAGCGAACCGCGUAGCCAUCGACGCUAUGGAGACCGUGCUGCGCGACGGCCUGGGCGACGCCGGUGCCGACGCCGACACUGACGCCCUCCGCAGGUUGCAGGAGGAGCGACACCGGAUGCGGAUCGAGCACGCACAGAUUGUGCACCCAGACGACCAGAAGCGCAUGUUUGCGCUCGGCAUCUUACCUUCCAUCCAGCCUACGCACGCCACGUCGGACAUGAGCUACGCGGAGCUGCGGCUCGGCCCAGAAAGGACGCGGACCGAGGCCUACCGGAUGAAGACGUUUCUACCCCUGAACCCCGUGCUGGGGAGCGACUUCCCCGUCGAACCGCCGAAUCCGUUCCAGGGCAUCUACGCCGCCGUCGCGCGAAAGAACCCGCACACCGGAAAGGGUGCCGAUGGGAUCACGGAUCACGGGUGGCACUUGGAGGAGGCCCUUACCAUUGAGGAGGCGUUGGCUGGGUUCACCAAGGGUCCUGCCUACGGCGCUUUCAUGGAGGGCAAGGCGGGCGUCAUUCAAAAGGGCUCUUUUGCCGACUGGGUCGUGAUUGAUCAGCCCCUUGAAUCACUGGAACCAGUGGUUAAUCUUGAGGACAGGCUGCGCAACUUCGCCGUCGAGGAGACGUGGGUGGCGGGUAGGAUGGUAUACUCGAAACAGGAAGCAUCAACAGGAACGUUUGUGGGUGUGAAGUGAGUCAACCACCUCUCAGGGGCUUCAGAGGUUGGUACGUAUACCUUGUCAUAGAUAGGGCUGUCCUGAUAGACAGGAUACGAACACCGAAUUCAUGUUGCUGGUAUACCCAUAUGUUGGUCUAUCUAGGCAGACCUCUGGCCAGAACGACGCUCUUGGUUCCUCUGAGAGGUUGUUGUUCCGUUUCUCGUCAUUCCUGGCAUCGGCUUCUCCGCGGAACAAUUAUUGGUGCUGUCACAUCGGACGUUCAUUCUCGGGGCCUGGAUAUAGAAGUCGCGCUAAUUCUCACGCCAGGCCACCUCGGCACAGUCGCAUGCCACGAGCCGGCUAUCCUAGAUAGGCAGGAUUCAUGGCCAUGAACACCGUCUUGGCAGGCUGGGCCUCGCGCUUAACACGGUCACCAUCGGCGUCUUUACCCAUCUAUAGCAGAAAAAGUUCAGCUCGGCCGAGCGCUUGUCGUCCAGCCUCAACCCGGCUGCCACGUUGACUCGAAUCCUUCGGAAGGGUUUACUACAUCAAGCUAAUGUCGUCUGAAUUCCCUUCAGCCGGUUAAUACCUCUUCCUCGAAGCCGGGCCAAGGUAACAAUAGGAUUGUUUUUGUUAGGGCAGAUAUUGGCUGCCAAGCCGCAUAUCCCAAUAUCUUUUUUUGACUUUAAUCAAGCUUCUGCCCUAUUAACAUGGACCGCGGUUUGGCGAUCAACACAAAAUGGGAGUCUACAGUCCCCCUUUAUCUCCUUUUAC